GAGCCAAUGAGUGCACACACAGAACAGCCUUGCCUCAGCACCGUGAGCCUGCAGAGAGUGUGAGAGGAGAGCGAGAGGAGAGAGGACCUGGACUAGUAGAGAGGGAGACCGUCUAGUGGCAAGUGUUUUUCUGAAGACACGCAGGAGGCUCCUCACUUGGGAAGGUUGUCCAUGGGGAAAACAAUUGAGCGUCAGAAGAAAGAGUGACAACAAGUUGGUGACAAGGAAAUCCGGAGUCGGUUUUUUCGCCGGAGCUCAGAGAAGAAUUGUCUUUUUUCAUCACGUUUUCUUUUUUUAUUAUUAUUCAUUUCAAGCCAACUUCUCUCUCUCUCGCUCUCUCUCUCUCACCCCCACAAACCCCCUCCGGCUCGGAUCAUCCUCAACCUGCCUCGCUCACCCUGCUUUGGGUGUCCUCCACCUCCACCUCCCACCAACCCACUCUCCUCUCUCUCUCUCUCUUCCUCUCUCUGUCGCUUGUUUCCAUCUUCUCCUUCUGUCUGCGUUCGGAGGAACAGAAGCCGCUCCGCCAUGGAAACAGGAAGCCCCCGGAAGAUCCAGUUCACCGUCCCGCUCCUGGACUCCCACCUGGACCCCGAGGCGUCAGAGCAGAUCAGAAGACGCAGACCCACACCUGCCACAUUGGUUGCAUCCAGUGAUCAGUCAUCACCAGAGAUAGAUGAAGACCGUCUGCCAAAUCAGCUGUAUAAGGCAGCCUUGUUGAACUCCCCCAGACAGCGAAGGAAAGGACCCAAAGGCACCCCAACCAUGAAAGAGCUGCAGUUCCUGGUGGAGCACCACCUGUACCGGCAGCAGCAGCAGCAGCAGCAGGGCGGGGGGGGGGACGAGUGCUCCUCAGAGAGCUGCCUGUCGGACCGGCCAAGCCCCGAGUCCACGCCCGCCCUGGAGGAGCUGCCCUGCGAUGGAGCCUUCAGCGCCGAGGUCACGGCCGAGGCCUUCGAGAAGCUGCGCUGCCAAAUGGAAGAGUUCUCACGGGAUAGUACAUUAGAAGACGGGGGUGCACUACAGUGCCCCCUUUCCGUGGAGGCAGUGGGAUGUUCCAGUGUCCCCGGGGCCAGUGGUGCGUCACUGUCACCACAGAACGACACACAAACAGACACCAAACCGACAGCAGCAGCAGCUGCAGCAACAGCAGCAACAGCAGCAACAACAGCGAAGGGGAACAGUGAUGGAGCGAUGGAGAAGUUGUAGUAGGCCAACGCUGCCCCGAGCCAGCCAGACAGAGACCCCCCAAGCCCGUGUCCUCUCUUGUAGAUACGGGAACAUCCGGGUAUCUCUUCUCCUUUACUCUGCAAAAAAAGAAGGCCUUAGCUACCACCUUGGCAACCACUCAAAGGUCUCUAACGGUUUGGGUUUUUGGUUUCCUUGGCUAAGGGAUGUUAUGAAUCAGAUGCAUUUGUUUUUCUAUCCAUAUUCAUAAUUUCUAACAAUGUCUGUAUUCAAUUCCAUCGAUGUUGUUACAUCUAUAUUAUUAUUUUUUUCUUCGAUAUCUUUCUUCAUAUUUCACAACUGAAUGUCAUUCUUAAUAUGAGGUAACACAAAUCACAGGCAUUGUUAUCACUUCCUCAAUAUCAGUAUCAUUAUUUAGAACGACUAUGGUACUCGCUACCACUGGUCAUAUAUAUUGUUAAAUAAGAAAAAUAUGUGCCAUUGCUUCUGAAAUAUGGCGAAAUCUAUAUGAAAAAGCGCAAUCAGAAGAGUUUAUAGUUUAUAUAACUAUAUUUUAGUUUAUAUGACCGCAGAAACUUAUCAAUUUGUCAACAUAUCAAACAAAAGACUGGUAAGAUGCAUUUUUUCAUGGUGAAAUUGUAAACAUUUUGGGUGAACCAAAAAAAGCAGAUUCCCCAUUUGUCAACUGUGCUAUGCUUUUGGGAAACACUUCUGUAGCAUGGCAUUGAAUGUACAGUAGGUUACUGUAAAUCCAAAACCAGAAUUCUUAAAUGUGUUUUGUGGAUGUGGUGUUGUUUUAUAAUAAGUAAAAGAAACAUGAAUCUGACAAUUUAAGUGCUGAAAUAAUGUAAGUAAUUAGACCAAAAUAUAUGAUUGUGAUUGCUAUUCAACAUUUAAUCUCUAUUUGUGCUAUCACCUCAGUGGAAUUACGACGUAGGUUAUUUGACAAUCGUUUAAAAAAACACAAAACUAAAUACAACGUAUUUGAUGUCACUUCACAGGGUUAUCCUGUAAUUGCCAGCUUAAAAGUUUAAAAAGUUCUAAAUAAGAACCACUAUAUACACUAAAAAAGACAAAAUAACAUUCCUGUUAUUUAUUUUGUUUCGUUUGUUAAUUAUUAUUAUUUUUUUACAAUGUGUUUAUGUACAAUGUAAUAUCUGUUCUGGAAUGGGAAUGGCGUUCAAUAAUUCGAAUGGAAUGUUUUUCCAAUUGUAUUUGAACUGGUCAAUGAUUACAUCUGUAGUCCGUUUGAUACAAUAAAAUAUUUAAAUUGGU